AUUUUGGCAAAGAACUCCUUUUGGUUUUUAUUCAUUUGGCUCUGGUGACCACCCAAACCCUCAGCCUUUUCUUCUCCGUCACCUCUCUCUCUCUCUCUCAUCAAUAGCUCUCCGAACCCUAAAAAAGUACUUGUCAAAUCCAAAUUCACUGUUCACUUGUCUCACUUAACUCUUCAAUUUCACUCUCGCGGCCUCGUCGAUUCAUUUAUCUGCAUCGAUUCUCUUUCUGACAAGGCCAUGGCAGAAGGAAAUCUUGACCUUCCUGACGAUCUCCUUUCCUCUAAGACUUCCGAUCACUCCUUGACCCCCAAAGAAACAUCUACAGGUUAUGACGACAACAAGACUUUCAUGGGACAGCUUGAUAUUUCCAAAGAUCAAGCAAUGGUGGACAGCAGCAUUCCUUUAUCUCCGCAGUGGCUUUACGCUAAACCAAGCGACAUAAAGAUGGAAACGCGUCCACCAAGCUCUCUGUCCCUUGGAAGUUCUGUUGAUUCAAGUCAGAAGGAGGCUUGGCGUGCAGAUGUACCUGAGGAGAAAAAGGAUUGGAGAAGAACGACACUGGAGACUGAGAGUGGCCGUCGGUGGCGUGAGGAAGAGAGGGAAACUGGCUUGUUUGGUCGGAGAGAACGAAGGAAAACUGAUCGCCGUGCCGAGCAUGAUGUUAAUAACCGCAAUUCUGGGCUUGAUACGAGACGUGAUAACAAGUGGUCUUCUAGGUGGGGUCCUGAUGACAAAGAAAAAGAAAAUCACAGUGAGAAAAGGAUAGAUGUAGACAAAGAUGAUGCUAAUAAUGAUGGUCAAACGUUUGUGGCUAACCGUACUGUUUCAGAACGGGAGUCAGAUUCUCGUGACAAGUGGCGUCCACGCCAUAGAAUGGAGGGAAACUCGGCGGCUCCAAGUUCCUAUCGAGUUGCUCCAGGCUUUGGACAGGAGAGAGGAAAAGUAGAAGGGUCAAAUGUGGGAUUUAACUUGGGUCGUGGGAGGUCUACAGGGACUAUUGUUAGACCUUCCUCUGGGGGUGCAAUUGGUGCUUCACCAUUUGAAAAUUCUGUUGCUGGAAAUUCAAGCGUCUUGACUGGCAUAUUUUGUUAUCCAAGGGGGAAAACUUUAGACGUAUACCGCAGGCAAAAGCAUGGUUCAUCUCUUUGUGGCAUGCCUGAAAAUAUGGAAGAAGCACCCCCAGUCACUCAACUAAUUGCUAUUGAACCAUUAGCUUUUGUUGUUCCUGAUGCUGCGGAGGAGGCUGUCCUCAGUGAUAUAUGGAAGGGUAAAAUUAUCGGCGGUGGCGUUUCUUACAAUUGUCUUUGGAAGGGUCAAUCUAUGGAUAAUGUCACAGAAAUAGUGGAUACGGAGCCCAAAAUUCCCUCCGCUGAUGUCACUGAAGAGACAGUUAAUAGGUUACUGAAAACUUCAAUAGUUGUUGAAGAAGCCAAUACCUAUAGCUUUGCUUACAAGAAUGGUGUCAAAGUCAAGUUGGAUGGAGGAGAUAAUCAUGAAAGACAGAUAGACAAAUUUUCUGAAGCUAUUGCUGUGGAUGGAAGUUUGUUGACCAGGAAGAGAACUGAUAAUAGAGACUGCUUUAAAGACAUUAGUCGGUCCCAGUCUGAUAUUUUUGCGCACAGUUUUCCAGAUUCCGGAGUAACCUGGACGUCAAUCUUUGAGAACAAUCAACAUGUUGCUUUUGAUGGCAGUUCGAAGGUUUCUGAUGAUUCAAGUUCUUUAUUUGUGAAGUCCUCUUCUGAAAUAUAUUGGACCAACCUUCUAGGAAGGGGUAUUCCACCUGAGGAGUUGAGUUUGUACUAUCGUGAUCCUCAGGGCGAAAUCCAGGGGCCAUUUCUUGGUGCUGACAUCAUAUCAUGGUUUGAUCAGGGAUUUUUUGGUCUAGACUUACCAGUUCGUUUGGAAGAUGCUCCUGAAGAUUCUUCUUUCUAUAAACUUGGUGAUGUAUUGCCGCAUUUGAAAUUUGAACAUGAGUAUGUUGGUAACACCAAUCUUUCACAGGCAGAACCAUCUGCUGUACUAGGAGGGAAGUUGGAUUCUGGUUUAUGUAGCUCCUCUUCUGUUUCUGAGAUGGUUGGUUCUGCUUCCCUUGAUGGGUUGAGCUGGCCGCCAUCUGAUUUUGAUGAACUUGGUGGAUAUCGUAUUCAUUCAAUACCUGAUCAUUCAGCUCGUCAGUAUAAACCUCCAUAUUCACAAACCGAAGACUUUAACGAUUUUGUUGCUCAAGGUGAAGAAAUUGUGUUUCCAGGAAGACCUGGAAACGGUGGCAAUUCUAUUGGAAAAACUUCGACAGGCCUUACGGAUCCUUCAGCUAUCUACUGUGCGACUCCAAGCGCUAUGCCUGAGGCUGGAGUUCCAAAUAAUGAAGAGACAAUGCAUCCACUUGGUUUAUUUUGGUCAGAGCUUGAAGGCACCACAGGAAAGAGUGGUUCUGUCUCAGAUGUUCUUCUUAGAGGAAGUGGCCAGGAUCAAGUUCUAAACCCUGGUGCUGCAAGGUUUGGGCCAUUUGGUGCUAAGAUAGACUCAACCUCUGUUGUGGAGACAUGGACUGAUGCUUAUAGAAGAAAUGCUGUAUCUGAACCCAACAUAUAUGAAAAUGCUAUGGAUGCCAGCCACUUGUUUCACCAGGAUCAUGAAGUGAACCGGUUUGAGUUGGCAGACAAGCUGUUUUCCCAACAACUUCAGGAACAGCAUCCUCAUAAUUUGAUGUCUUCUCAUAAUAGUCACUUGAAUGAAGCAAAGAUGGAACGUGCGGCAAAUCAUAAUUCAGUACACCAACCACAGUUGGCGAGUCAGACUGGGCAGGAUCUGGAACACUUUAUGGCAUUUCAGCUGCAACAGCAGAGACAGUUACAGCUUCAACAACUACAGCAACAGCAACAGUUCCGUCAACAGCAAAUGCUAAUGAAAGAACAACAGUCCCAAGCUAGGCAGCUGGUUCUUGAACAAUUAUUGCAGAGUCAAGUACGUGAUCCAAGUUACACACAAUCACAUCUUGAUGCUAUUAGGCAUAGCAGUGCUCUGGAGCAGGUGUUGAUAAAGCAACAAAUUCUGAGUGAACUACAACAACGUCCGCAUCUUCCGCCAAGACAUGCUGAACCAUCUAUUGAGCAUCUCAUUCAAGCAAAGUUUGGUCAAAUACCACAUCAAGGGCCUCAAAAUGAUUUAAUAGAGCUCCUAUCAGGGGUAAAGCAUGCACAGUUGCACCCUUUGGAGCAUCAAGUAUUACAACAAGAGCAUGCACAUGAGAGGCUAAGGCAACAUUUGGGAAUGGAGGAAGAUAGACAGAUUGGUGCUGUCUGGCCUGUUGAUGAAGCUGGUCAGUAUCUACGAAAUCCAGGUGUUACUACUCGUCGAGCUAACUCUGGAUUUGGUCCAUUGGAUAUUUACCAACAGCAACAGAUACCCCCUCCUGAAGAACAUGUCAGUCAUCUGGAAAGGAAUUUGUCAAUGCAGGAUAGACUUCAGUGGGGUCUCUAUGACUCUGGAUUUCUGGCUUUGGAACGGAAGAUGUCAAUACCAGGUGGUGGUGGUGUUAAUUUGGAUGCUGUAAAUCCUCUAGUGCGCGCACAAGGUUUAGAAAUGCAAGAUCCAAAUUCAAGGAUUCACUCAGCUGGUCAUAUGCCUGGUUUCUCGAGUGGCAUCCACUUGCAAUCUCCUCACCGUCCUCUGUUUUCAAAUCAAUUUCAUGCUCCGAAUGCAGACAUCAUUGACAAUCAUUGGUCCGAAAGAAAUGGUCAGUUAUCCGCUGAAUGGAUGGAAACUAGGAUGCAGCAACUACAUUUUAACGGUGAGAGGCAAAGAAGGGAUUUUGAUGUCAAAAGGGCUUCUGAAGAUCAAAGUAUGUGGAUGUCAACUGGUGCUAAUGAUGACAGUCCAAAGCGGUUGCUAAUGGAACUGCUCCAGCAAAAGUCUGGCCAGCAGUCUAUUGAGCAAGCAGAAAUGACCCGAGGGAUUUUGUUUGAGAGGGGUUUUCACUCUGGUCACUUUUCUGCGACAAAUGCUUUAAACCGUUCGUUCAACCCUCUUUUGGAUCAGGAUAUGAGUCUAAACCAAGCUUUUACUGUUGGGUCAUAUGGUUCUAGUUCAGGUUUUCCACCUCAGAGAGAUCAUGUAGAUGAGAUUGCCGGUGGUCUUGAUGUUGGUGAGAGAUUGCCCUUCAAUUUACUUUGUGGAGCAUUAGCUGAAGCUGAACCUGUCUUUUCCAGCAUCAAUGAUGCCUCUCAGCUACAUCUAGAGGCUUGCGGAAGUACCGCCAGGCAAGCUGGUGUGACGGAUGUAGAAGGGGGAAUGCCAGUUAACUUGCUCAGCAGGCACACUUCACUUGGGACUGGAGAUUGUAAUGUUAUCAAAUCAUCUUCAGGUGGAAGUCUUGACUUCUAUAAUGACAAGAGUGAUCGAGGUGAUUCGGCUGCAGAGGAAAUUCCGAAGGACCGGAUGGCUGUGACAUCAAAAAGGCCAGAUAACAUCUUGCUGAAGCGUCCAACUGUCUUGCGUAUUUCCUCAACCCAGGAGGGUCUAUCUGAGCUAACUUCUGAUACCCUUGUGAGAGGCAAAAAUCCUUCAGAUGCCACCUCUGAAGGGGGUAAGAGGGAAGCGGGAGGUAAUGCAGCAAAUCAAGUUCCUGAUGCUGUGACAUCUGGAAAGAAAGACGGGGGAUUCCGACGAACUGCAUCUUCUAGUGAUGCUGAUGUUUCAGAGACAUCAUUCAGGGACAUGCUUAAGAGCAACGCUAAGCCAACAGCUCAGGAGGCACAUGCGUCAGAGGCAUUGGAUGCAACUCAGUAUGCCCGUAGUAGUAAGAAGAAAGGAAAGAAGGGAAGACAGAUCGAUCCUUCUCUUCUCGGAUUCAAGGUUACAAGCAAUCGCAUCAUGAUGGGUGAGAUACAACGGAUAGAAGAUUAGUUGCUGUACAGUUGUAACUUGUUAAGAGGUCCCAAUUUCUCCUGCUGUAUAGAUUUGAGUCAUCUGUAAAAGUUCCCCUACACAUUUUCAUUUACUCCAUCUGAUUUUGUGUAGGGAUGGCUGUUGAGAUGCAGUUAGCAUUAGGUAAUGUAGCCAAUUAGUUGGGUUAACUUGGGAAAACUUAUAUUGAUUGAAUCGCUAUAGAUAAGCAAUCAGUUAGAGCACAGGCACAUUCUAGCA